AUGACGUCGAAUCGUUGCUGUUUUAGUGGCACGUCAAAGUCGUGUAAAGAAAAUGAAUCACGAUUUCUUCAUUCGAACUCGCCGAUUCAACCUGCUUCUCUACCACCCAAUUUGGACGCCUCACCAGCUGGACUGUCCCUAUCGGCAUCACUGUCGGUGCCACCAAAUUCAGACGCAGCUGUUGUGUCACCGGCUAUGUUAGGUGGUACGGCUGAAUUGGAGACCUCUUCAGCACCAGUGGUGAUCGACCAUGACACCCUGCGCCGUGCCUUUGUCUACGUCAAAAUCCCUGGCACGAAUCUGAUGCGUGCUCCGCUCGAUGACUAUUUGUCAGCGCUUUGUUUCAUCAGGAGGUUGACUUUGGCAUUCGAGGCUCACAUGCGCAAUCAAUCUGCUGGUCGUUUUCCAUUCAGCGAAAUGAGAUGUGGCUUGGAUUUCGUCCGCAUCUCGGUCCCCGUGGCGGUUCCACCUCAAACCCAACGAACGGAUGCGUCGGCACCUCAGACGCCACAACAAAUUGGCGGUCUUGUCUCGUUCAACUUCCAUUUAGACGCGCACACAUUGACUUUGAAGUUGAAUGUGGAGUACAGCAAAAACGCGCCGCCGUUGAACGACAUUGCAACGUUGGAGCGCUACUUUGAGCUUGUGGUUUGCCGCUUGAACAACGAACUUGCGGUGUUCUCCUUUAUAAAUCUUUGUCGCAUGGUGGCUAAUGGUGCGGUAUCUGGAAUCGCUCAUGUGAUGAAUGCUCAAAUGGACCCUUCGCCUUCAACUUACUGGAAUGUAUCUAUUCAACUGGUUUGUCUAGCAAGAGAUCAAGCAAACGCUAGUGCUCGUCGUUAUCAGUUUGGAACGGUGUUCGAUGCGAAUAACGUCAAUGCUCUGCUGCUGAUAUGUUUCCGUCCAAGUCGAACUACGUCACCUCGAACUAUCGAGAAACAUUUGCUUCGGAUUGUUUACAACAUGCAAACGAAUACUGUCAAACAGCACGGUAGUGAAGAUGAGGCGCUAUCGUCCAUUUUGUCGGCAUGCUCACAAGAAGCGGCAAGGACGGGCGAGUGCCCAUUGUGGCCAGCGAUUCGCCAGUGUCUUGACAAAGUGUCGUCAGCAAAUGUGGCCGGAAUGCCUGCAUCAGUCGGCUAUAUGCCAGGCUCAGUGGGUGGUCCAGUGUCGGUGGGACCAGUUGGUUCAGUUGGUAUGGGACAUAACCCAGGUUCAAUAGCCAACCCAGGAUCGAAUACGUAA